ACGGAAGUGAUAGAAAAUAAACAAACCUGCCAUACAACUGAGGAAUAAGGAACAAGAUAUUUUCAUGUGACGUUGAUCUUAUUCAUUAUACAAUUAAAACUGGAUGAAUUAAUAAAUAAAUUCCUUUAAAAUUUGUAGUAUAAAGAUUUUUAUCGUUAAGAGAUGUCAUUAACUUUUCAACAAAUCAUAUUGGAUGCCAAAAAAUUAGUGAUUAGAAUAUCAGAUCACGAAAAUACAGCAGAUAAUUUAAUAAGCGAAAUAGAAUCAGUUUGUGGUCAAAUUGCUAAUAUGAAGCAGUAUCAAGAAGAAGUAGAGAUCCUUAACACUGAGGCAAAACAGAGGCCACAUAUACAGUUAAUCUCGGGAAUACAGAGAGAAAUCAAGCACUUGCAAGAAUUACAAGCUGAAAAUAAGGAAUUGAAAAAGGCAUUAGAAGACCAUCACCAUGCUCUUGAAUUAAUUAUGUCUAAAUACAGGCAACAGACAGCAUCUUUAUUGCGUCUCUGCAAAACAGAUCUUUCUACAUUACAUAAUGCAAAAUAUGCUAAUAUAAUUACUAAUCAAGCAGAAAAGAUUAAUGAAAUGGCAGCAGUGAUGAAAACUGCAGUUGCUUUGGACGAAGAAAAUGAAAUGAAAGAAAAAGAGGUAUAUAGUACUUUAAAAGAAGAAAAUACUACCUUGCGAGAAAUAGUUAAUAUUGCAAAUAAGUAUUGCACCCUAAAUAAGGAAACUGAAGUAGAUAGUAAGACUGUACAAACUGAUCCAGUAGUAUGCUAAAAGUUACAAUUUAUAUUUCUCCUAUAUGAAUUUCGUAUUUUAUUUAUUUCAUAUUUUAUAAUAUAAUUAAUAUUAGAAAAAAGAUGUAUUACUUAUAUACAAUAAAAUACGCAUAUAAAAAAAA